GAGAUGGCGUUGCUCGAAGCCCACGUCGGCGAAUCACAAGGCGAAGGUUUCAGCCGAGGAUCUGGGUGAAGCUGACGUUUUUCGUUGGUGCCCUGGUGCUGAUUUGCUCGGGAGUGUUGGCCGUCGUUCUGUGGAGGCUUUCGCUAUCAACCUUGACUGGAGAAAUACGGGAAAGGCUUGACACUGUCGCAAGCCUUCGUCAAGAGCAGAUACUAUCCUACAUAAUUGGAACUCAAGAUACGGUGAAGCUGAUUGCAUCUCGCGUCGUCAUUUCAUCCCUGCUGCUCAUGCACAAGCAAGGGAAGUCCAAUUUGACAAGAAAUGACUACAAGAUGGGCACGGAGGAUCUGGAUUCUGCUGUCAUGAGUGCAGCUAAUGUCAUGGCGUUAGGAGCAUACAGCAGCGACGGUGAACUUUUGUUUUCCAGCAAGCAUCCAGCUGAUGUGGAGCCGCUUCCAAAACGCUUGCGCGGGCGAGCACUGGUUGUGCAAAGUCGGAACAUUUCAGUGUGGUCUGGGACUCCCUAUGCCGGACGCAACAAUACUUUCCUGAUCGACAUUACAGCUUCUGUAGACUAUAAGGACACCUUUUGUGGAAUUAUUUUGGCAACAGUUGACGCUGAGAACUUCAAGCAAACUGUACAUGAUGGAACUGGUCUUCAGUCCACUGGAGAGCUUCUUGUUGCAUAUGUCAAUGAUGGAGAGGACGUGGUGAAGUUCAUAGUUCCACCAUUCAAGGCUCCGUCUGUGAAAAACUCCACUUACAAGGGUGCCGCCUACAGAGCAGGGAAGGGCCAGACAGGAUAUUACCAAGGGGCUGACUUUCGUGGUGUUGAGGUUGUUGCUUCUUACCGACCCAUUGGCUAUGACUCUUGGGGACUGGCAGCCACGAUUGACAAAGGAGAAGUGUACAUCUCUAUAAGGAAGUUUGAGAAGAUUAUUAUCAUUUCAAUGUCCUGCAUCUUUGUGCUUGGGAUCCUUGCAGCCUAUGCCUUAGCCACGUAUUUUUCCCGUCCGAUCAUGGAGCUUGGAGAUGCUGCGAGCAAACUAGCACGGGGUGAUUACAGUGCAAGAGCGCACGGGCGACGAGGCUGCUUGAAGGACGAGAUUGACGAGCUUUGCUGUGUGUUUAAUGACAUGGCUGAUCAGAUCUCCAGCGCUUACUCAACUUUGGAACAAAAGGUGGUGGAACGCACGCAAGACCUGGCACUGCUGAACCAGGGUCUAUCCUCUGAGGUGGAAGAGAGGAAGAGUAUGGAGUUACAGCUUCAGGUUGCCAAGGAGCAGGCAGUCUCAGCAGACAAGGCGAAAUCUGAGUUCCUGGCAAACAUGUCUCAUGAGAUCAGGACACCGUUGAAUGGCAUCAUCAACUGCACUGAGCUCUGCUUGGACACUGCUCUCAGCUCGGAGCAGAUCAAGUACCUUGAACUUUCCCUGUACUCAGCCAAGCAUCUUCUGCGCCUGAUUGCUGACAUUCUGGACUUCAGCAAAAUCGAAGCGGGAAAAAUGGACUUGGAGAACAUUGAGUUCUCAAUACAGGACCAGAUGGAGCAUGCUGUAUCUGUCCUAGCGAAUCGGGCAAGGAAGAAGGGCCUUGCACUCGUGUCAUGGCUGAGGUCUCCUAACAUACCAGAAAGUCUUAUGGGCGACCCUGGACGCCUUCUUCAGAUCUUCAUCAACCUUUUGGGUAAUGGGAUCAAGUUUACUGAGAAGGGGGAGGUUGUGUUAACCGCAACACUUGUGGCUCUGAAAGAUCAGACCGCAGAGGUUCUUUUUGCUGUGAAAGACACAGGAAUCGGCAUACCUCAAGCCAAGCAGUCUCUUCUGUUUCAAGCGUUCAGUCAGGUGCACGCAUCAGAUUCGCGGCUGUAUGGAGGGACGGGGUUGGGGUUAAUGAUCUCGUCUCGCCUGGCCAAUGCCAUGGGCGGCCACAUGUGGGUUGAGAGUGAAGAAGGUUGCGGGUCAACGUUUUGUUUCACAGCCAAGUUCACCGUACCACCUGAGGCCGCAAAACCAUCGUCACUUGCACGGUGUGGCACUCUGUGUCCGAAGAUGAACCACUUCCGCGGGCUUGUUGUGGAUGGGAAUGAAUCGGCCAGAAAGUCCAUUCUUUCGACCCUUGAGGUGGGAUCCACUUCCUACUCGUUUAUCUUCUGUGUUGGUGCUGCUGGCACGAUGACGUGA